CACAAUCCACUGCGGCAGCGCUCCAGCCAUUGGAAGAAGAGGCUGGUAGUUUGGCCAAUCAGAGGGCGGCGGGAGCUUUCAAACUAUAGACAGGAAACAGUUCCGAGCAGCGACGGUUUGGACCCGAAGAGUUUCACACGAUUUCACCGUCUGUAGUUUCAUCUGAGGUUUAAUCUGUGGAAUUUAGAAAAACAUAUUGAAUUCACUGAGAGGACAGACGACAAGAAAACUGACCCGCCGGAGGACGGAGGACGGAGACACGGAGAGGACACAACAUGGCGGACUGUGACGGACGCUAUGAGCGUCUGACAGCAGAGCAGAUGGAUGAGCAGAGGAUCCAGAAUGUGGCCUAUCAGUACCUGUGCAGGCUGGAGGAGGCCAAGAGGUGGAUGGAGGCGUGUCUGGGGGAGCAGCUUCCUGCUCCCACUGAGCUGGAGGAGUCGUUGAGGAACGGAGUCAUUCUUGCAAAACUGGGUCAUCGAUUCGCUCCAAAUGCAGUCGCUCUGAAGAAAAUCUACGACCCUGAGCAGCGCCGAUACCAAGCGGUGGGUCUUCAGUUCCGUCACACUGACAACAUCAACCACUGGAGGGAUGCCAUGACCUCCCUGGGACUGCCCACGAUCUUCCAGCCAGAAACGACUGACGUGUACGACAAAAAGAACAUGCCGAGAGCUGUGUACUGUAUCCACGCACUCAGCCUGUACCUGUACAGACGGGGUCUGGCUCCUCAGAUCUAUGACCUGUAUGGAAAAGUCAAGUUCACAGAGGAGGAGAUCAAUAACAUGAAGAUGGAGCUGGAUAAACUCGGGAUCCAGAUGCCGGCAUUUAACAAGAUAGGAGGAAUUCUGGCCAAUGAGCUGUCAGUGGACGAGGCUGCAGUUCAUGCGGCGGUGAUCGCCAUUAAUGAGGCGGUGGACAAGGGUCAGGUGGAGGUGACGGCAGCUGCUCUGAGGAAUCCUAACGCCCUGCUCAGUGACUUGCAGGAGGAGCUGAUGAGCGUCUACCAGGAGCUGCUGCAGCAGGCCAAGAGGAGGAAGGAGGAGCAGGCAGCACGCAGGUGUGGAGGUCCAGAGGACAAAGACAUCUAUGAAGAAUUUCUGACUCAGAGAGAAAUCCAGGACAACGUCCACAUUGUCAACUUGCGGUCAGCGGUGGAGCAGGUGGAUGAAGCCCUGGACUCUGCAGAUGAACUCUCUCUGCUUGCAGCUCUGCAGCAGCCAUGUUUGGCUCUCAGGGGCCUCCGUGCUGACCAUGGACCCUGGUACCUGGAGGAGCUGUUAGCAGAACGGCAGCAGAAGGCCCUGCAUCAGGGUUGUGUUGAUCCUCUGGAGCCCAACGAGCUGCAGGAAGCUGUGACCAUCGCCAACCAGGACGCUCAGAGAGACAGAGCUGUACACAUGGCGUUGCAGGCUGUGAAUGCAUCGCUGCGUCUCAGUGACCCCCGACACACCGUCAGCUGUCUGAUGACCUCUGACCUCCAGCUGCCACAGGUGUUUCCUUUCGCUGCGACUCUUUAUCACCGAGAGCUCCAGCUGCUGCAGAGACAGACUGCUCAGGUGGAGCUGCAGCUGGAGGAGCUGUUUGUUGCCGUGGAGAUGCUGUCAGCUGUCGCUCUCAUCAAUCAGUCAUUAGAGGUGGGACAUCUGCAGCGAUUCAGCUCCCUGUUGGUCAGCCCAUCUGCAGGGCUGUCUGAUGUGGAUGACACGCUGAUGGACAGGUACCUCAGGUGUCUGUCUGGUCUGAAGCAGCAGGCAGGAGGAGAUCUCCUGACCUGGAAUCAGCUGCAGCAAGAAAUCAACUCCAUCAACAACUCAGCACAGGAUGAACACCAAAAGCUGCUGGCUGUUGGUCAGGUUAACGAGGCUGUGAUCAGAGGAGACUCUCAGCAGCUGCUGUCCACUUUGCUGCUGCCUUCCUGUGGUGUGGAGGAGGUGUUACCUGCCAACACCUGCAGAUACCUGAGCCUGCUGACCAGAGCCAGGCAGCACAAAGCUCAGGUGAGCAGAGACCUGGGAGCUGAGCUGUGGUUGGCUGAUAUCCAAGAAGCAGUGAGGAGAGCCAAUCAGGAGAGUCAGAGAGCUCUGAAGUUGUGUCUGUCAGUUGCAGCAGUGAAUCAGGCUGUGAAGGAGAACAGAGUGAAUCAGACUCUUCGUGUUCUGAGUUUACCUGAAGUUCAGCUGCAGGGACUCAAAUCUGUCUGUGCUGCAGAUUAUCAGAGGGAACUCUACAAUCUGAUCACAGACCGGAUACAGACAGGAGACAACAGGAGUCCGUGGGUUCGAGUCCGGCUCGAUGACGGCUUAUUCUACUUCUUCCACCUGAACCGACUGGAGGGCAGCUGGGACAAACCGAGCGGCUUCAUACAGAACAGUGUGUUCCUGGACCGACACGACAUACAGGAGGUGGUCAGUCGUGUUUCAGGCUCGUACAGCCGCAGCAUCCUCUGGCGGAGCAGUGAAGCCCUCAUCAUUGGUCUGCAGGCUGUCAGUCGAGGGUUCCUGAUCAGACAGAGGCUGGAGGCUCGCCGAGGUUACCUGAUGAGUCACACACCUGCUGUCAUUGUCAUCCAGUCUCACUGGAGGAGGUUCGUCCAGCAGGGGGCGUACAGGCGUCGGCUGCAGUUUCUCUACAUGAACUGGAGAGCUGUCGUCAAGAUUCAGUCGGUGGUGAAGAUGUGGUUGGUGAGGAGAAAAUAUCGAGCACGCCUGAGUUUCUUCAGACGUAAUGUGGGCGCUGUCAUAAAGAUCCAGGCCUUCUUCAGAGCCAACAGGGCGCGAGAUGAGUACAGGAUGCUGGUGCACUCGGGUACACCCCCCCUGUCUGUGGUCAGGAAGUUCGUUCACCUGCUUGACCUGGGCGACGGUGACAUCAGAGAGGAGGCGGAGCUUCUGCGUCUGAGGGAAGAGGUGGCAAGGACGAUCCGCUUCAACCGGCUGCUGGAGGUGGAUCUCAACCUGAUGGACCUGAAAAUUGGCCUACUGGUCCGCAACAGAGCCACGCUGCAGGAAGUGGUUAGUCACUGUAAAAAGCUAACGAAGAAGAACAAGGAGCAGCUGUCAGACAUGAUGGACGUCGGGAGGAGUAAAGGACUGAAGGCUCUGAGCAGAGAGCGCAGAGACAGACUGGAGGCCUACCAGCACCUGUUCUACCUGCUGCAGACUCAGCCUCUCUACCUGGCUCAGCUGAUCUUCCUGAUGCCUCAGAGUCGCUCCACCUCCUUCAUGGAGAUGUUGGUGUUCAGUCUGUUUAACUAUGGCUCCGACCGCCGGGAGGCGUUCCUGCUGCUGCAGCUGUUCACUGAGGCGCUGCGAUACGAGAUCAGGCUGAAGGUGGAGCAGCCUCAGGACGUGGUCACAGGUAACCCCACCGUCAUCAAGAUGUUGGUGAACUUUUACCGCCACGCUCGUGGUCAAAACACCCUGCGGGAGUCUCUGGGUCCAGCUCUGCAGGACGUCCUGCUGGACCGGACUCUGAGCAUUAGGACUGACCCAGUGGAGGUCUACAAGACCUGGAUCAACCAGACCGAGACCCAGACUGGACACAAGAGCUCUCUGCCGUAUGAGGUCUCACCUGGUGACGCCUUGAGUCACCCUGAAGUCCAGAGACGCAUUGACAUCGCCAUCAUCAACCUGAAGAACCUGACGGACAGAGUGCUCAAAGCCAUCACCUCCAACCUCCACAAACUACCGUAUGGAUUACGUUACACAGCAAAGGUUCUCAGAGACGCUCUGAAGACAAAAUUUCCUGCAGCCAGCGACGACGAGCUCUAUAAGAUUGUCGGUAACCUGGUCUACUAUCGCUACAUGAACCCGGCUGUCGUGGCUCCAGACGGUUUCGAUGUGGUGGAGCGGUCCGCCGGCUCCACCCUGCAGCCGGAGCAGCGUCACAUCCUGGGCUCCAUCGCCCGCAUGCUGCAGCACGCCGCCGCCAACAAACACUUUCACGGAGAUGGAUACCAUGUCAGAGCUCUGAACCAGUACAUCAGUCAGACCCACAAAAAGUUCAGGAAGUUCCUGAAGUGUGUUUGUGAUGUUCCUGAACCAGAGGACAGAUUCAACAUGGAUGAGUACUCUGAGCUGCUCAUCGUCAACAAACCUGUCAUCUACAUCUCCGUUAGCGAGCUGCUCAACACGCACAAGUUGUUGUUGGAGCAGCAGGAGGUUUUGUGUCCAGACCCGUCUGACCCUCUGAGGCUGCUGCUGAAGGACCUGGGCUCAGUGCCGACCCUGCAGGAGCUCAUCGGAGAAUCUUCUUCAGCAGAUCCAGGAUCAGAGUUCAGUAAGAUGGAAGUGUCUCUGACUCUUACCAACAAGUUUGAUAUCUUCGAUGAGUCGGACGACAAACCAGACACCAGAGGACUGCUGCUCAGCACAAAGCAGCUGAUCAUUGAUAUUAUCAGGACUCAGUCAGGUGACUCUCUGAGUGACAUCCUGCGAGCGUCUGCAUCACAUGACCAGGAAGUGUGUCAUGAUUGGCUGGUACAGCGGCGUGCUCGGCAGGACGCUCGUACACCUGAGAAGAUGAAGAGGAACCAGUCUCUGGUCGCCAACGGCAACCUGAGCUUAGACGAGAAGAAGAGGAAGAUCCUGAGGAGUCUUCGUCGUCUGGAGGGACUGGGAGUCCUGAGACCGCCUCAGGCUGAAAACCAGAUCCUGCAGAUGAUCGCCAAGGACAUCCGCCAGCAGCGUCUGCACCGCCAGCGCCGUGGGGCGGAGCUUCAGAAGUUGCGUCAGACUCUCAGCAGCCUGCAGGCAAAGAGCAGCUUUCAUAGUGAACAGGUGGACUACUACAGACAUUACAUCACUUCCUGUCUGGACAACCUGACCAGUAAAUCGACCAAUAAGAAGGCAGCUGAGAGCAAAGGGAAGAAGAAGCUUCCUGCUCUGAGCUACAGCGCCGCCCGGCUGCAGGAGAAAGGAGUUCUGUUAGAGAUCCAAGACCUGCCGGCUACCCAGUUCAAGAACGUCGUCUUUGACAUCAUCGCCGGACCUGAGAGAGGAAGUUUCAAUGUCAAAGCUCGAUUUCUCGGAGUCGAGAUGGAAGAGUUCCUGCUCAAAUACCAGGACCUACUGCAGCUGCAGUACGAGGGCGUGGCCGUGAUGAAGAUGUUCGACAAGGCAAAGAACAGAGUGAAGCAUCCUCUCUGUGCUUUGAUGUCACUACAGCAACAAGUCGUCUUUCUUCAUGCUGAUUGGUUGAUAAACGUGUUAAUCAGUAAUAUAUGCUUCAUCAUCAUGAAUGUGAUGUCAUGUUAUUGCAUUACUACAUUGAAAUAACAGAGCAGAAAGAAAGCAAAUACUUUAAACAGAGUGAAUCAUCUUCUUUGUUUUCCUAUGUUUUUAAUAUCUCACAACAUUAUGUCCAGUUUUAUCGUACCGAGUGAAACCUCGUCUUUACACACUUAUCUGUUUUUAUGUCUCACUUGUCUGUUAGUGAUCAGCUGUUCUGAUGCCUGAUUGAUAACAGAUGAUCAAUACCUGUAAAUAUUUUCUGUCGAUGAAGAGAAACUUUAUAACUUUCUGUCACACUUUAACCCAAUAAAAAUCUGAUUGCAUCAAAUCAA